ACAAUCCGCGCCAUCUUGAAACUAGUAUUGUGCCUGUCGGGGGGGCGGUAACAUUAUAUUCCGUUGUCGUCAUACUUUUGUGGACUUGCUUACAGCAAAAAUAGUGCUGCUUCGCGUUGUAAAUAGUUUAUGUCAGGACUGAACGUAAAAAUGGCGGGUCAGACAAUAAACGAUAGGCUCCUAGCAGCUCGCCAUAGUAUCGCCGGCCAAGGAUUGGCGAAAUCUGUAUGCAAAGCUACUACUGAAGAGAUGAUCGCACCCAAAAAGAAACAUUUAGAUUAUCUAGUCCACUGCACCAAUGAGCCAAAUGUGUCGAUACCCCAGUUGGCCAACUUGCUCGUUGAACGCACCCAGAACACCAAUUGGGUGGUGGUUUAUAAGGCUCUCAUAACUGUUCAUCACUUAUUAGCUUAUGGGAAUGAGAGAUUUACACAAUAUCUAGCGUCGAGUAAUUCAACAUUUCAACUAAGUAAUUUUCUAGAUAAAAGCGGAGUGCAAGGCGCUGCCGGUGCCAGGAUUGGUUAUGACAUGUCUCCUUUCAUUCGGCGCUACGCCAAGUACCUGAACGAGAAGGCGCUGUCGUACAGGACUGUUGCCUUCGACUUCUGCAAAGUGAAGAGAGGGAAGGAGGAGGGGUCGCUGCGCAUGAUGAACGCGGAAAAGCUGCUGAAGACGCUGCCGGUACUGCAGGCGCAGCUGGACGCGCUGCUCGAGUUUGACUGCACCGCCAACGACCUCACCAACGGAGUCAUCAACAUGUGUUUCAUGUUGCUGUUCAGAGACCUCAUCAGAUUGUUCGCCUGUUACAACGACGGAAUUAUCAAUUUGUUAGAGAAAUACUUUGACAUGAACAAGAAAAACUGCCGUGAUGCUCUGGAUCUUUAUAAGAAAUUCCUUAUUCGGAUGGAUAGAGUCGGAGAGUUCUUGAAGGUGGCUGAAAAUGUUGGAAUAGACAAAGGUGACAUUCCGGAUUUGACGAAGGCUCCGAGCAGUCUGCUGGACGCACUCGAAGGUCACCUCGCCACACUUGAGGGCAAGAAAGGAUCCGCGGCAAAUACGCCCACUCAAACUGCUAGUGCGCAGAAGAACGUAGCGAGCGUGAUGGGCGCUCUCUCGUCGACAUCAUCUUCGUUUGGGAACGCGGCUGCGUCCACCAGGCUCGACAACCAGCCCAACGGAGCCAUGUUUAUUGACGACACGCUCAAGCAACAGGCGCUCGCCGAGGAAGAAGCAGCCAUGAACCAGUACAAGGUUCAAUUGUUACAAGGAGCUGAAUGGACAGGAGAAGAAGAUGUAACAGAAAUCAUAAACAAGGUUCAGUCGCCGACCAACUCGGCAGCUAACAACCCUUUCUUGUCGAGUGCGUCUACCAACAACCAGCAGUCCAUCGUGGACCUAUUUGGGCCGACCCCGGCUGACUCCGCCUCCGCUGCUGCCUCCACCAAAGCUUCCGAUGACCUGCUCUCUCUGGGCAACCCCUUCGCAGAUAUGUUCGCUGCGGGUGGUCAGCCAGCGGGCGGUGGCGCGGGGGCGGGCGCACAGCCGGCGGGCAUGUGGUCGCAGCCGCCGAGCAACGGGUUCGCGGCCGCGUUCCCACCACAACCAACCUCCAACAACACCUUUGUGUCCGAAGCUAACUUCUCUAACGUUUUCAAUAACACUGACACUACAGCUGCCGCUGCGAACCCAUUUAUGGGUAUGGGAGAGCCUCCUCAAGCGGUUACUGCCUCCCCCGCUCGUCCACCUCCCCCCGCCAACCCCCCGCAACCCAAAUCCGCGUUUGACGACCUGGAGGACGUGAUGCGUAUGUCCCUGGGCGGGUCCCCCGCCAAACACUCCCAGCCCCCCUCCCAGCCGCAGCCCGCUCCCGUCACCCAGCAGCCGCAGCCCAUGGCGGCCGGGCAACCUUUCGGCGACUUGAUGUCCAUGCCGAUGUCAUCCCAGCCGAUGAUGUUCGGCUCGCCAGCUCGACAACCGAUGAUGCCGAUGGCAACCAUGGGGCAGCCGCAGCCGCAGAGCAAGGUGCUCACCGGUGACCUGGACUCUUCCCUCGCUCAACUUGCAAACAAUUUGUCUAUAAAUAAAACUGCCACAGCCCAGAAACCGAUGCAGUGGAACUCGCCGAAGAACGCGUCGAAGCCUGGCGCCACCUGGAGUCCACAGCCUAUGCAGGCGACGACUGGUGCCGGAUACAGGCCUAUGGGGCCCGGCAUGACACUCCCACCAAUGCCUCAUACUUUGCCUCAUACAUAUCAUCCCCCGCAUUUUGUCAUGCAACAACCGGGCAUGGUAAUGGGCAUGCAGGGAGCGCCAAUGAUGCCAAUGGGGAUGGCGCCUCCGAUGCGGCCGGCCGUCCCGCCUCAGCCCACAUCUAAUCAAUUCAGUUAAAUAACACCGAUAACUCUUUAGUUUGGUUAAAUAAUACCCGAUUGCUAACAACUAUUUCGAUUUGUAUUAUUAACAACUCGUCUCAAAUCAACUACAAUAACAGAUGCGUUGCCAACCUGAACCAGGACCAAGACCCAGGUAACAUAAGUUUCCCCACACUGUUCUCAAUGCGUAUGACAUAGGUGUAGCUCAUGCAGUAGUUGUUCAACACCAUCACUUCUUAUUUAAGGGAGUUCCUCUAGUUAUGUAGAAUACUUAUAAUAGCAAUCGAUAAGUUUUAGCAUUCAGGUCAAAAUAUUUAACAUCAACAAAUCGUGUAUGGGUUUAUUAACUAUUAUUUUAGUAUUUUUUAAAACUGAAAUUGAGUUACAGACGACAUACUGUUUUUCUGGAUGUAAAGUAAUGGCAGCAUUAUUUUGAGUAGUUCUCAAGUAGGCGUUGUAGUCAAAGGAGAUCUGUCAAUGAAAAACAUAAAUGUACUUUAGUGUUGUGUACUUUUAUCUAUUAUUUUCGCAAAUUCAAUAUUAAAUUAAAUAAUUACCUUUCACUAUAUUUUCAAUCAAAAUAGCGUUACACAACAAACUUAUUAUAUCAUUUGACAGAUCCAUAUCCAAUAGCGCCACUGAAGGAGAAAAGUCUUAAGAAGAGCAGUAUUGAAUACAGUUACCGCAAAACGAUUACAUAGUUUUUCUUUUUAUUGUAUACGAAAAAAGAAAAAUAACACUUAGGUAUGGUCGAUUGCCUGUAUAAAAUAAAGUAUAUAUAAAAAAAAAUCUUCCAAGAAAAAUACGUUAUUAAUUGUUACUGUAUUUCUUGGAAAACCUUAACUUUUAUAGCAGAUUAUACAAUUUUAGUUUUAUCGUGUCGUUUUACGUAAGCGUUAUUUUCUUCUUAUGAAAAGGUGCGUUAAUAAUUGUAUUAAUUAGAUUUCAUAAUUCAAAAUUUACCCGACAUCACAUUCCAUAAUAUUGUACAAACGGUAAUUUAUUGUAAGCUAUCGUUAUGCUAUUUGAACAACCACGUUUAUUAUAUUUUCUUUUCUAUUAUGAAUAUGAUAUAGUCAGCAUUUUUAUUGGAAUUGAAGUUUAGGUUUGUUACUUUAGUUCAAUACAUAAAUUUAUUAGUAUAAUAUUAUUAUUAUUAAUCAUAAAUGUGUCCUCACGUAGACAUCACGUACCCACAUUAAAUAGCCACUUUGGCAAAUCAUUGUAUUACUUCUUAUAUGUAAAACAGAAAUAAUCUUGCAUAUUAUCUUUAGUCUUAUAUUAAGAGCCUUUAUGUUAUUUAAAAUAUAUGAAAAUGCGCUUUUGAGACGUCGGCAAUCGUCAAAGUAUCAUUUCGCAAAAAUAUAUAAAAAACGUUUCCAUAUCCUCACUUAAUCUUGUAUGCAAAGAAUGUAUUUGUCAUAGAGAAACAAUAUUAUAAUGUAUAGAAGUUAUCGCAUUAGAUGGUUAUGAAAUUAGGCGUUACGGGUGUAUAUUUUAUUGUAUGGCUGUUGUGAAUAUUGUGGACUAGGUGCUUACGUGUGAUGAGAAGUUAAUGAAAGCUUCACGCUGAGAGACAUUACAAGCAAUAAUAUGCAUUCAAUAAAAUCACUAUAUACAUAAACUCAUACUUACAUACACACUUAACAACCUACAUAUACUUGAUAUUAUGUGAAUAUCUACCUUUACGUUAUCCUGGUGUUUACGAUUAUUUUACGUCGGCUUUCUUAUUCUGCAUAUUCUUGACACACGUUACACAACUUUUUUGGAAAUUAUGUAUUAUCUUUAUUCUGUGGAAGACUAUUUAUUUCUUAUUUAUUGUUUUCGUAAGACUGUAACGCUAAAAGUAUUAAAUACACUUAUUAAUUUUAUAUUAAAUUAUCGUUUCGACAGAGUAUUAUGAAAACUUAUUUUGCCAUGGUAACGUACAUUUUAUUAAAACAAUAUUAGUGAAUACACUAAUAAGCUAUUAUUCAAAAUUAUAAUAUAUAUAGCUAUUCAUUUAUAGAGGUGUAAAAUUGGCGAUACUGUUAUACUAUAUUCUAUUAUAUUUAUAAACCGAGACUUGAAGUUACUAUGACACAUGGGUAUUUUACAUACUUGUAGAAACAAUCAAUUAUUACAAAUUAUGGAUUUAGUCCCACAGGCAUUCAUGCAAAAAAGAACUGGUAAUAAAGGAUCCGAUCGUAUAUUAUCUACUCCAUCCUGUUUACAAUUGGAUCCUGAAAAUAUACCCAGAUGGCAACUUUUUGUAGACACGUUUGAAUAGACUAAUAAAUAUUUGUAAGAGAGCCAGACGAAGCCAAGCCAUACAAAUUAUUGAGGGUUCAGUUAAGUUGGGGGUAUACUGUGCAGACCAGACAAAGAAUGCAUAUAAUUUAGGUAUAUAUAGCGUGUAUGAGAAACAUUUUAGCUAUACCUUACGUUGAAAGUAGACUCGCCUAUUGUGAUCAACUUCUAAUGAAAUAAUAAAUACAUCGAAAUGUUUCGGGACUAACUUCACUGGCUCUCAAGAUAUGUGUUCCAUUCUUCUGUACGAGUAGGUAUUAAUUAGUUGUAAACAGAUGCAUAUCAAAAGACUUCAGUUACGAUGUCAGUUAAUUCUAGUAGUUGACAGUUAUUUAGCUUAAUGUAAUCUUAGUCAGUUUAAUAAUCUGUGUUGGGGCGAGUGAACAUGUAAUAUUAUUAAUAUAUAUGUUACGACUAAUAUUGGUAUUGGACAUAAGAUUAGCCACAUACAUAUCACAACAGGUAGUUUUAUUGGUUCGCGUGAAAUAUAACUUGUAAUUAGUGUUUAAUAUAUCUGAAGUCAUAAUUGAUAUGCAUCUGUUAUUUGAUAAUAAAAACGUCGCAUAAUGGAUGUGCACGUACAUUCCUAAUACCUCGAAAUGGCAAUACAACAAUUUGAAGGUGUCUAGAUAUAAGUUAGUCUCUUGGUAGUGCUUGUUGUGUGUAUUAGUAUCGAUAAAUAUCACCAUAAAUACUUAUUUUGAUUAUUCAUAUCAAUGGUAUCUAAUACCAUUGACAUUUUGUAUAAGAUCUGUUAACUAAUGUAAUUUUGAAAUUUAUUUUUACACAAAUAAUUUAAUUGAAAAAUUGCUAGAUUUCUUUGUGCAAUAUUUUAUUUUCAUAGCAUAACUGCGAAUUUUAUUUUUUGAAUGGUUGCUAUGUUUAUCCCUUAUGAUUUGAGGUGUUAUACUUGAAGACUUGCCAGGCAAAUGUCAGUAAGUCUUACUGGAUUUAUUGGCCAUGCUGUAGAGUACUCUUCUACUUUGCUGUGAUGCUUGUUGGAAUUCGACUGAUUUAUCUGAAGUGGUGGAAUUCGAUUAGUCUACUUAUAAGUUUUUAUUUUUUAUUAGAUAAAGCCUUUUUGAAAUGAUUUUAGUACCAACUCAUAAAAGAUUUCAAAAUUUUUAAGUUGUACAUUUUAUUUUAAUCUAUUAUAGUGUAUUGGUUUCAUUUUAUGUAAAUAUUCUGCUAUAUAAUUUCUAGCCUGAUUGCUUUUAGAAACCUUUUCAAUUUAGUCUUAUUUAUGAAAAUAAUAAAUCGAAUAUGAUUAUUUUUGGUUUUUAAUUUAUCAUCUUAGUUUAACAUUCCCUUUUUGUUUAGUUUCUUUAAGCCCAUGAUUCAGAAAAAUAAGUGACCAAAUAUUGAAUAUUUUUAACAUACUUAAUAUUUUUGAUGAUAAGAACAAAAAAAGCAUUUUAUGAACAAUAUGUAAAUUAGAGUUAUGGUGGUUACCAAUAAUUAAAGCAUCUACAGCUUUUUCAUUCACUAAUUAAAUGGAUUAUUUACUCGUAGGUACAUUCACGAGCAUUUAUGUAAACAUUGUCAUAGUGAUAGUAAUUAAGUUACCUAUCAUUCAAGUACACUUUCGUCCGUGCUCGUGACUACCUAUUAUCCUCCUGCGGCCCAAACCCGACAAACUAGUUAAACAAUGGGGUUUGGAUUUUAAAAGGACUUUGGGCAUUAAGACCGUGGUGUAGUCAUAGUAGAAGUUACGCUUAUUACCUGUAUAGGUACUCAUGUUGCAUUAAUGAUGCAUGCAAAAUAAUAAAUAUGAAUCAUACUGCUAAAUGCGAUGAAAAUGUUAGAUAACUAUUACAUACAACGGUAGCGCAAGUCUGCGGGUGAAGCGGACCACCGGAAGUUAAUGACGCGCCCUUUAAAAUUUUUCUCAUGUCGCCGCAAAAAAUAUUCUAGAAUCUUUUUGUAAAUAUCCGGUUGGAACUUGUGUAUAUACCUAAUACAUAGAGCAUCACGGUCCUAAUAGGAUUAGUAUGUUACCAACUUACGAGAGUUGCAAAAAGACAUUCUAGGAAAUUUUAACGAUGACACACUAAUGCUAUUGACGUCCGGUGUUCUGUAAUUCACCCACCUAUCUUGUAGUGCUGAUACCUGUCUGAAUUUAUAGCUGGAAUUACACAUUAGGGUGCAUGCAUUAUGUUUUGUGCUCAGACGAUAUAUAAAUUUAAAUAAGAAUUAAUCAUUGAACUCAAAUUCUUAAGUAUUUAAGUAGCACUAUGUAUUUCAAUAGGUGUGGUUAUCAGAGAUUAUUGUAUAGCUGUUAUAAUUAGCUCUUGUAAUAAAAGAAAAGUAAGGUAACAUUUUAUUAAUCGAAAUUGAAUAAUUCAUUAAAUAGGUAUGUAACUGUUACCCAGUAGUCAGCCAAUAUCGAUUGUGAAAUAUUUUUAUAGCCGCUGCUAGCACAAACUAAUACUUAUGUAGGUACGCGUUUAAUCGUAUGUUUGAUUAUAAUUUAUUUUGAGAUGUCGAACAAUGCAGUUAAUAGAAAUAGUAUCUAUCUUUCAGGAGCGACCUUGAAAGUGUAUUUGAAGCUGUGAUAGUGGUUAAAGUAACCCUUUACUGCCCAAUGCGUACAACGUAGAUUUGCCUUUAUUCAAUAAUAAAUACUUAUGUUAGGUACUUAGAAAUACAUAGAUUUUAACAGAUAUUGAGUUACUCAACACAACUCUUAUUUACCUACAUAAUUUGAUUAGUAAAAUGUGACCUGAUAUAAUAAGUAUUUAUCUAAAAUACCUAUAGUACACAUAGGAAUAUUACAUAAUAUAUUUUUGUUAGAAAUUGACUGUUUUCUUCGUAGCUACUGUUCUAUUCAACAAUCUAUCUUAUUAGUCGGAAAACACUCAUAAAUAAAGCUUUCUAAGUUGUGGAUGUUGUACCUCGUUAAACGCUAGUGUUGGUAAUAUCUAUAUACACUUAACAAUAAAUGAAAUAAGUUAAA